GCGGCUCGAGCCCCGAUUCCUGCCGCCCUGGGAGCCAUGCGCCGCUGUCUGUAAUGUCAGCGGAACAGGAGAAGGACCCCAUCGCGCUGAAGAGAUCCCGAGGUGGUGACGGUGGAUUGGAUGGGUUAGGAGGACCAGGAGUACAGCUUGGAAGCCCCGAUAAGAAGAAGCGCAAAGCAAAUACGCAGGGAUCUUCAUUUCCUCCUCCAUCUGAAUAUGCUCCACCGCCGAAUCCAAGCUCUGACCACCUUGUAGCUGCAAAUCCAUUUGAUGACAACUAUAAUACUGUGUCUUAUAAACCACUUCCUUCAGGAAAUCCUUAUUUUAGUAAUCCUGGUUAUCCUGGCUUUGGGGGCUAUAACACUUUCAGAAUGCCACCUCACAUGCUGCACAGAGUGUCCACGCCAUAUGGUGGUUCCUAUUCCCUCAGAAACCAACCACACCCUCUUCCUCAAAACCCUGUAGGAAUGGGUUUUAGUAGACCCCACUCUUUCAGCUUUGGUCCACAUGAUAGCCCAGGUUUUGGGAAUCAGCCACCUUAUAGUGGCGGUCAGAUAAAUCAGAACGUCAAUAUGCCUGGUCAACAUUUCAGACCAAAUCCUGGUGAGAACUUUGGCCAUUCUGGACAGAUACCUCAUCCUGAUGUACCAUCUAACUUUGGUCCUGGAAACAAUUCAAAUUUCCCAAAUACUCAGCUAGAGUCGAGCCACUCCUUUGUUCCUCCACCAAGCACUUACAACCAGACAAAAUCAUCAGCACAAAAGCAAGACUUUAGUCAAGCUGCAAGCAAGGCAUCCAGCCAGAACACUGCUGCUCUUCAGCAUCAUCACAGGACAGAGGACAUUGUGAGUCAAGGUAAUAAUGACCUCAAAAAUGUUACUCGAAACAACGUGGUCAACCAGGAUAGUAGCCAUUCUAAUAGUGCUGAUAACACUAAUGCUGGCCAUUCAAAUGGGACUCAGAGUAAGUCCCGCCAGCCGCGAAGUACCGCUGAAGGAUGCAACUCUGAAAAGAGCAGCAAAACACCCCUUCAUCCCAGUCGGCAUGGUCACUCGUCCUCUGAGCCCGUCUAUCCAUGUGGAAUUUGUACACAUGAAGUUAAUGAUGACCAGGAUGCCAUCCUGUGUGAAGCCUCUUGUCAAAAAUGGUUUCAUCGAAUCUGUACUGGCAUGACUGAGUCAGCUUAUGGUCUUCUUACAGCAGAAGCAUCAGCAGUGUGGGGUUGUGAUACAUGUAUGGCUGACAAAGACGUCCAGCUAAUGCGUACGAGAGAGACUGCAGGGCCACCUGCACUGAAUACAGAUGGCUAACAAUGUGAAUUGGUGGUAGUGGCUGAGCUACUUACUAUGAAGAUUUGGAUGUGAAUUGAGUAGUUUGUGUUCUGAAGACAAUCGAUUGUGUUUGAUUGCUGUCAUAUUAUUUUCCCCUAUCUGUUUUCAUUCAUGAAGUUCCAUCUCAACUUUUGUACUCUUAACUUUGUGUGCAAAUGUUUUACAGGGUGGUAUAUAUAUAUUUUUUUUGUUUCUGACAACUGAUCGGAAGUAGGAUGUGCAUUGACAAUUUUAUUGAAGGCAAAAAUAGGCCUUUAUGAAUAGUCCCUAGUUUGCUAGUAUUAAUGUGUUAACUAACACUGGCAUUUACUAUUCAAUUUUAAUGGUACUGUACUUGCAAGUACUCACUGCUUUUUUUUCUUGUUGAAUGUCCAUUGCUGAUGUUCUUCCCAUCUUUUCUUUGAAUAUCAUGGAGAUGACAUGGAGGAAGUGUGCAGUACUAAUAGUUUGUAUUUUUUUAGAAUAAAUAAGAGGAUUUUUU